CAACUCUGAAAUGGAAGGAGACAUUCGUAGUUUUAUUCCUGUUUGUAUCUGUAACUUCUAAGUAGAACUUGAACAAACUUUUUUUCCCCAUUUUUGUUUUGUUUUCACUGAUUCCUCCACCUUUGCUUCUUAUUUUUAUUGUGAUUCUAAAAUGUAGAAAUUAUGACACACAGCAGCUGUAAAACUAGAGAGACUGUUGGCCAUGUGGGCUUGCUUUAGAUUUACACUAGGUUGAUUGCUGGUUUGGUCCUGGAGUAUAUUAACUAGAUUCACACCAUUAGGAUGAUGCAAAUGGCAGUGGGUGGGUAGACCAAACCAGUGAGUUUGUUUGAAUGUCUAGCAGCAGAAAUACCCAGUGGGAUUGUGAUUAACUGAGGGAGAAUGCUGCUUUAUAUUUUCCAAUAGUUUUGGGGAAUCAGGAAUGGAGAAUUCAUCAUGUGCUCCAUCACUGAAGGCAGCUUACACCUGCAAAGUGUGUUCUAUUCAGCCAGAUUGUGCAGCAGUGGCAUUUCCUACAAAUAUCGACUAACCUCUUUUUCAUGUUGUGUUGUUGUAACUAAGAGCGGAAUCUGUAUUAGUGUGAACAGCAUCUCCUGUUAUAAGCCAAGAGUAAAAAAGAAGUGGAAGCUAAAGUGGGUAGAAAGGAAAAUUAUGAUUAUAUUAGAGGUUGAACUAAUAAUUUAUAAAAAUCUCAUAUCUGACAAGUACCUGUCUGCACUUUUGCUCCUUGCUGGGUUUUGUGCUGCAUAUUAUGGUCUAAUUCCUGUUCAGCCAACAUCUGUCAGGCGGAAUAAUUUCAAGCAUUAAUCCUUACAGGAAUUAACUAGCUUGUUAGUGAUGACCUGAGCUAGAUAGUUUCUGGGGAUUAUUGCUAUUUAAAUCUUACCUACCUUUCAAACAGUAAUAAUAUACUGGGCUGGUGUUUUAUCUUCUUUUUCUGGGGUGAUAUGUCUUUAGACUGCCACCCCCUCUAUCACUUCUACCACGCGGUAGGAGGCAGAGAGGAAAUCCUGUGCUGCCUCCGCCAUGAGUAAAGAGGAAGCUGCUAGUUUCUCUUUGUACCAGUCUGGCUCGUGCUGCUAGCCAUGCUGACCUGCUGUCGUAACUAAUGCCCAGUGGAGGCCAAGCUGGAUUGUGCUUGUCGUGCUGGAAACCCAUUUGGGAACUUUGAUGAAAUCACCACAGACUUUCACCUACCUGUUUUUGCAGAAUUCCCAGGAUUUUGCUUCUUCAAAUGCAAUGACUCAGCAGCUACAGGAUGAAUUUGACAGUAGUGUGGAGAAUGCAGAAGCAUGGAUGAAGGCCAUCCAAGAGAGACUGAGUAUCAAUGACAACACCAAGGGACCUCGAUCUGCCCUAGAAGCCAGACUGAGAGAGACUGAGAAAAUACGUGCACUGGAACCUGAAGGCAGCUUGAAAAUUGACUUGAUUCUUGUGAAGGCAGAUGCUGCCCUUCGCAGCAUCAGUGAGGAUAAGAAGCAUGAGAUACUGUCUAAACUGAAAGACAUUAAAGCCUUGUGGGAAGAGACAGCCAUAUACAUUACUCACUGUCACAGCCGUAUUGAGUGGGUGUGGCUGCACUGGAAUGAAUACCUGAAAGCCCAAGAUGAGUUUUACACAUGGAUUCACAACAUGAGUGUGACCUUGGAGCCUGACAUUGAGUUGCAGCUUGGCUUAAAGGAGAAGCAGUGGCAGCUGAGCCACGCUCAGGUUCUGCUGAAUGAUGUCUUAAAUCAGUCAGUCCUGCUGGAAAGACUGCUAGAGGAAGCUGCUUCCUUGUUCAGCAGGAUAGGUGACUCCAGCGUUGAUGAGGAUGUUCAGAAGAAAAUGAAGGUGGAAUAUGAAAAAAUCAGGGAGCAAGCUGAGAACAGAGUGAACCUGCUUAAAAAGAUAACCAAGGAACAUGAGCAGUACAGCGCUAAUGUCAACCGGUUUCAAUCAUGGCUGAAUGGUGUGACGGAAAGAUUAAACUCCUGCAUUGGAGAAGCAACCGAGUAUUCGGCAGAGGACAAGUUAAAAGCACUGAAGGAAAUUGCCAAAAACAUUAGGAGUGGUGGAAAGAAAUUAGACCAACUUGAAAAUGAGUGUGCAAAUGUGAUUGAGAAUACCUCCCCACUUGGAGCUGACAGAAUGAAGGAUGAACUUGAAAUGCUGAGAAAAGCCUUGGAGAAGUUGAAAGUGCUGCAUAGUGAGGAGGAGGAGAGAUUGCUUAAGAUCCAGGAGUCAGAAAGUGCCUAUGAGUCCAAAGCCAGACAGUUAGAAGCAGACAUCAAGGUGUUGAGAAAAUAUUUACAGAAAUUAGAAAAUCACCUAGAGCCUGGGGAAGGGGAAAAGACUGAAGAUGAGUUUGUAACCCUGUGGAGAAAAUGCAACGCAACAAGAGCAGCUCUGGCUGCAGAAGAGUCCAAUGUCGAGAGACUGAAGGCUCAGCUUAAGGAACUGCUACGGUUUUCCCAAGAUGUGCAGCCACACACUGAGAGUGUUGUCUCUGCAAUACAGCAGUAUCAAAGUGUUAGAGGCAAGACAUCUAAAAUGAGCACUGAUACAGAAACUGAACUGAGAAGACUCUUCCAAAAUCCCCUGCUAGACUUUGAACGGUGGAAGCCAUCAGUCCAAAUGCUCCUGGAGACUCCAGAGCCAGCACUGGCUCGCAUUGAGGCUGCUCUAGCUGAAAGCUCCCGCUUCAAAGAGAAGUUCAUGAUAUUACAGCUGAAGACGGAUUUGCUAAACAAUGUCCUUGGUGAGGAAAAAGCAAAGACUUUCCUGCAAGAAGUAGCUGAAGCUUCAAAGAAGAGAGAAAUUAUACAUGAAAGUCUGAUGCAGAGCAAGAGGACAAUCCAGCACUUUGAUGCUGGUUUCGCACCUUUGCAGAAGAAAUUAUCUGCCAUUAGAGCUAAGUUGGAUCUAGAGAAGGAACUGAAACCUGACCUCCUGGGUAAAAAGACACAACUCCAGAGACUUCAGAUGAUCCAGGAUGACUUGGCAGAGCUUGUGGCACAAAUGGAGGAGGUAGAGAAGCUUGUUCAGUCAAAUACCACCCACAAGCAUGAAAUGAACCAACUUUCGUCUGACUCUCAGGCCCUGAAGAUAGCACUGAAGAUGAUGAUACAACAGAGUGAAGAGCGCAUUCAGAAGCACUGUGCAUAUCAAGACAAACUCUUUGACCUUCAGCAGUGGAUCAAACUAAUGACGGAGAUGAUUGAGCCCUACCAGGGUGCUGAAGGAGACCAGAACACUGAGGGUCAGGUGGCAGACCUUAAGAGAUGGCUAGCUGACUUACCAGAUAAGGAGAUCCAGCUGUGCCUUGUGAAAGCUUCUGGAAAACUGGUCAUGGAGAAUUCUUCCCCAGAGGAGACUGCCCAUGUCCAGGCCGAGCUGGAUCAGCUGGAGGAAUCAUGGAGACUGCUGAAGAAGAUGGAAACUCAUCUUCUCAAUAAGUGGCAGUUAAGUAAACCAGUGAUUGAUAAUAAGAAGAAAAUACAAUUUGUGGACAGCAGAUGGAUGUCUGGACCUGUGUUCCAUCAUUCAGAUGUAGAUCCCAACCAUAAGCAGGAGAGGAUCAAAGAAGGGCAACAUACAAGCAGCCACUUGAAGCUUCUACACGAAUUUGAAGAGUGGUUACAAGGAGAAAAAAAGAAACUGACCAAAAUUCUUGAUGUGGCUUCAUCUUCCACAGAGGAAAUUAAAACACGCAAGAGCAAACUGGAGGAGCUGCAGUCUCAUGUGCCUGAUGGUCAGCGUCUCUUUGAGGAUCUUCUUCAUAGUCAGCCUGUCACUGAAUAUUCUGAAGAUCUGGAGGACCUCCGUUACCAGUGGAUGCUCUACAAGUCUAUACUGAAAGAGUCCAUGAGUACACUGAGUCCUGGAACUUCUGAAGAACCAGACAGAUUCAGAAAGAAGAGACUAAGGAACAGCCCAAGUCUGCUUCUAAAGGAUUUAGGGGUCAAGUGCCUAAAAGAAUUUUGAAAAUGGGACUUCUGAUUCUUCAGAUACUUCUGAAAAAAUUGUGUUGGAUCAUUCAGCCCACCUUCUAAUGCAGAAAACCAGAAAGAGUCAAAAGAUUUGUCUAAUGUUAUUAGACUAAAUACUUAUAAGCAGCAGAACUCCUCCUGUGAAGGAUUUUCUUUUGAAAGUGAUGAUAUAAGAAACAGAUACAGUACAGGAGAUGAUAAAGAGAAGCUUAAAAAAAACAAAAUGCUGCCAGUUUCUUAUUAAACCCAAGCAGCUUUUCUGAUUCCAUUUUUAUAAUGUCAGUAAGUUUACUGUUGACCUGAGCAGUG